UCAAGCGAUUCGCGCGUAGUUUUCCUCUCAGCAGGCCUUACCGAACGACCGUUCGGGUCAUGUCCAAGAAAGGUGGUGCCGGCAAGGGUAAGAAGAAUGUCCCCACGGAAAGCAGUGCUCCAGCGCCGAAUACCGGACCCGUGCUGGUCGAUGCCAAAACAGGCAACUUGAUUGUGAAAAUAUUGGCAAAACCGGGCGCAAAAACGAGUGGGAUCACCGACGUAAGCGAGGAAGGUGUAGGCUGCCAAAUCGCUGCUCCACCAAUCGACGGUGAAGCUAACACGGAACUGAUAAGAUAUCUGUCCAAGCUGUUGGAACUGCGAAAAAGUGAUAUCAGCCUCGAUCGUGGAUCGAAAUCUCGCCAAAAGACGAUCGUAUUGGACAAGGAUGGGUGUCGUCAUACGCGCGAACAGUUACUUACGAUCUUCCGCACUGAGGCUUCAUCCGGCUCCUAGUUACGAUCGGUAGCGG